AUGGAAAACAAUAAACAUUGUAUUUCUUUAGCUGUUCUAAAUGAUCUGGAUACUGACAAAAGCUCUGAUUUCUCCAAUAAAGGUUUAUCAGCAAAAGACGCCCACACAAUCGCCAAUACAUUGAAGAUCCGUAAAACACUGCGAGAGCUCUAUAUUUCGAAUAAUAAUAUAUCGAAUGAAGGUGCAACAUCCAUUGCUCAUGUAUUGAAGAUCAAUAAAACACUGACUCGGCUAAAUAUUUCGAAUAAUAAUAUAUCGAAUGAAGGUGCAACAUCCAUUGCUCAUGCACUGAAGAUCAAUAAAACACUGACUUCGCUGAGUAUUGAGAAUAAUAAUAUAUCGAAUGAAGGUGCAACAUCCAUCGCUCAUGCAUUGAAGAUCAAUACAACACUGGAAGGGCUGAAUAUUGAGAAUAAUAAUAUAUCGAAUGAAGGUGCAACAUCCAUUGCUGAUGCACUGAAGAUCAAUACAACACUGGAAUGGCUGUAUAUGUCGAAUAAUAAUAUAUCGAAUGAUGGUGCAACAUCCAUUGCUGAUGCACUGAAGAUCAAUACAACACUGGAAUGGCUGUAUAUGUCGAAUAAUAAUAUAUCAAAUGAAGGCGCAACAUCCAUUGCUGAUGCAUUGAAGAUCAAUAAAACACUGACUUCGCUGAAUAUUGAAAAUAAUAAUAUAUCGAAUGAAGGUGCAACAUCCAUUGCUCAUGGAUUCUUCUUUUGUAAUAGGGUUGGCUAUUGCACUGGAACCGAUUGGAUAAGGAUAAUAUUAAAUUAA